CGAAAACCAGAAUCACAGACAGAGAGAGACCCAGAGAGACUGACACAGACGCACAGAAAUAGUGAGGCCCGAGAUGGAAACACUGCCUGAGACCUCAUAGGAUGACAGUCCACAGAGACGGGGACAGAUCAAGAGCGAGAGAGGCACAAAGAGGCGAUGCGGAGUUAAAGACCCUCAGAGAGGCAGAGGCGGAGAGAGAUAACCGGAGAGACACGGGAGGGAGAGACCUGGGGACGAAGAGGAGACGGUGGGCCUCAGAGGGCGAGAAAGCAGAUGGAAAGCGGAGAGAGAUUCAGAGAAGAGAAAGUUAGGGAAACUUCAGACGCGAGGCGGAACCGGGAUCCCCACGCGCUCCGCCCCGGAAAGCUCGGCUUCCUGAGUUCUAUAAAGCGCGGGGCCCCGGGCCCGGCUGCAGCCGCCCGCCGCCGGCCAUGUGCCCCCGCAACGACGCCUCCCCGGACCCCGAGGCCCAGCUGCCGCCCGCGCCCCCCGGCAGCGCCUGCCGCCCGCUGCCCUGGGCCCUGAGCGCCGCGCUGCUGCUGCUCGCGGGCACCGGCGCCGCCUGCGCGUUCCGCUGGGCCUUGCCCUCGGCCCCCGCCGCGCCGGGCCCCGGGCAACCCGAGCUCCCCCAGCUCCCCGAGUUCCUGCCGGACGCCGGCGCCCGCCUCCCCGACUCUCCGCAGGGCGUGUUCGCGCAGCUGGUGGCCCGAGAUGUGCAGCUGACCGAAGGGCUCUUGCGCUGGUACAGUGACCCCGGCCUGGCAGGCGUGUUCCUGGGGCCGGGCCUGAGUUACGACCAGCACACUGGGGAGCUGAUGGUGACGGAACCCGGAGUCUACUAUGUUUUCUUGCACCUAAAGCUGCAGCGGGUAGUAUCCAGCCAAGGCUCCGGCUCUGUCUCUGCCGUCUUGCACCUGCAGCCGCUUGGUGCCCCGCUUGCAGCCCUGGCCAUGACCUUGGACCUGCCUCCUCCAUCCUCAGAGGCCCGUGACUCCGCAGCUGGUUUCCGGGGCAGCCUGCUGCACCUGGACGCGGGCCAGCGCCUGGGUGUGCACCUGCGGGCUGAGGCGGGGACACACCUCGCCUGGCAGCUGGCGCAGGGUGCCACCGUCUUGGGCCUCUUCAGGGUGGCCACCAAAGUCCCCACUGGACUCCCCUCGUCGUGACCCACUGACAUGGGGCCUGGCUCCCGGCCCCUGGACGGAGAAAGAAUGUUGCCUUCUUUCACUGGGAUUCUUGGGGACAGAGGGUCCCAGCUACUCUACCUCACCCGGCUUGGCAGGGGUCCCCGCUGCUGACCCCCUCCUCAAGGACUCUCCAAGUCGCUUUCCAAGUCGCUCUCCCGUUCCUGCCCCAAGUUGGACUUCUGGUAUUUAUUCUGAGCCUGAGCUCAACAGUGGACUUUAUAUUAAUCCAUUCCAUUUCUAUUUAUUGAGCAUCUGCUGUACACAAGGGCCUGAGCAGGGCUGGUGAAACAUCAGUACACAAAACAGAUUUUGAAAAAAAAAAUCGUUAUUUAUGUUAAUAUGUGAGAAAUAAAGACUUAUCCCCA